GUCAUGUCUGCGACCUUUAGCGAUGGUUUCCGACGGAGUCGAUUGAAGUGCUUCAGAUAUUUUAAUUUUGAAUUUCGAGAUUUGUGAUUGAAAUAAACAAGAAUUCGAGGUUUUCUGUAGAGGUGCCAGAUUAAUGAAAAAUGGAUGGAGUAUUUCAUUAAUAUAUCAUUCAGCAUCAAACAUUCCUUCAUAAAAUAUUGGUCCAAUGAUACAGUUUGUGCUACUCACACACCAUACCCCUGUCUUUUGGUUGUAAAGGGGAAGUUGAAUUAGCACAUGAGAAUUUUCACUACGCCAGUACCUAUUGUUUUGUGAGUUAACAUAUCCCGAGAGAAUAAAAUUAACGUCAUCUGUGAAAAAUGUCAGCUUAGGAUCAAGAAGUGCAUCACGCACAUGGUUGAUUUACAAAACCUUACUCUUUUUUCAUAUUCCAUAGGUUUAAUUUCAGGAACAACAGUAAUUUUAUAUGGACGAAUAUGCAACAUUGUAGUUGCUGUCCACGCACUGCCUACAGAAACACCCCAUUGUUCUAAUUGCAGCAAAGAGUUUCAAGGAGAAUUUUCUAAUUGACGACCGAUGUCAUCAAGUUUUUCCACUGUUAAAACAUGAUUUCUUUUUAACAGCUAUCUGUUAAUUAAAAUAUGGGUUCAAACUUUCGUCAGUAAUUUGGAAAUUGUGUCCCCAGAUGGACAUGUUUCAGGAAAUUUACAGUGAAAUUUUCUCCUGCACAAUUUAUGUGAGUUUGUUUUCACAUAACAAUCAUAAAUGAAAACUUUUUUUUUCUGAACUGUAUCUCACACGAGCCAUAAAGAUACAGAACUGAGCCCUAUACAAAGAAGCAUCUGUAACACUUAAUGGCGCAACACUGACCGACUCAUUGACCUUCAGUUUGCUGGCGGAUCCUAGAGUGUCUGCCAACAGGAAGUUUUAAGAAGCUACCUGGCCAUCUAAUAAGCCUGCACAAAGAACACUCAGAAUUUUGGGUGUGUAGUGGGUCAAAUGGCAGAUUGGAGAUCAAGAGAUGAUGGAAUUUUACAACUGAAACCGUGAAUCACAAUGAUGGAUUCCCUAACCAUCUUCAUUAUUGUAGUGUUGAUACACUGCACACUCUUCUUCUUUGACACUUUCUUUAAGAGCUGCUCUCACAAUCCAUAUUUAUACUUCUUAGAAAACACAGGCCUCCAAGUCGAGGCAUUCAAGGUACGAUGGUUUACUACAGCUUUCAAUAGGUUUUUUCAAAAAUGUGGAUUCUGGAGGCCCAAACUUCUGGACUGUUGGUUUACUCUUGGAAUAAGAUGUUCCUUAGCAUUGCUUCCAGUCGCAAUGUACAUUGUCAUCAGGACUGCACUGAAUGCAUGGCUGACCGGCAUAGGCACUGGUGGCACAUCAUCACUUGUUUUGGAACCUCUGGUCCCAGGAGUGAAUUUACCAGUAAGUGACAUUGGUUAUUAUUUGGCAACGCUGAUCACUUGCAGUAUUGUGCAUGAACUAGGACAUGCUGUUGCUGCAGUAAGGGAAGAUGUACAUAUUGAUGGCACUGGACUGAUUGUUGUACUGAUUGUACCUUUCAUGUGUGUGCACUUGAACACACAGCAGUAUGACUCCCUUCCUCCAAAGAGGCAACUCCGUAUCACAUGUGCUGGUGUUUGGCACAAUUUUGUUCUGACCAUUGCUGCCAUGUCUGUGCUGAUACUGCUUCCAGUUCUGCUGUAUCCAUUCUUUGACAUUGGCACUGGGGUUACUGUCAGGAACAUUCAGCAGGCUUCACCUUUGCUGGGUCCAUCAGGCCUGCAAACAGGAGAUAAAGUUUUGGCUUUGAAUCAGUGCCAAGUUAAAGACUAUGAUACUUGGUACCAGUGCAUCCAGUCUGCAGUAAACCAUGCAAGUCCUGGCUACUGUGUCUCAUCUGAUCUUGUGAAGGAGCAUGAUGAGUCCAUAGCAGCAGAACAGCUGCCAGGUGGUGCAAUUGAAUGCUGCAGUGCAAAGAGUUCAGACCAUCUCUGUUUUGAGUACCUGGACAAGGAAGAAAAUAUGCCAGAACUGCCACCACAUACUUGUUUACCUGGCCGUGUUGUGAUUGAGAGCACAGAUGAGAUAUGUGUAACAGCUAGUGAUUGUAGUGUAGGCCUGCAUUGUUUGAAGCCUUCACUGGAUAAUCACACAAGACUUUUAUACAUUAAGCGUGCUAAUGCCAAAAUGGUAAUUUUUCUAGGUCAUCCAAGUGAAGUUUAUCAUACAGUACGGGUUAGUGAUUUUGUGCCAGUAUACUCUAUCAUUCCACCGGCAAUUCCUGAAGUAAUUAUGCAGAUGUGCAAGUAUUUAUCAGUAUUCUCAGCUGGUCUUGCAAUCAUAAACAUCAUUCCUUGCUUCUAUUUUGAUGGGCAAUAUAUUAUACAAGCAAUUUGCAACAUCCUUCUUGCACAUAAAGUUAAACAUAAGAGUGUGCGAAAUGCAAUAGCUGUGUUUAUUACUGUUUGUGGCACUAUUUUUAUAUUUGGAAAUCUAUUAUCCAUUACAUUAUUUGCCAUUUUCUGAAUUUAUUUUUUUCGAAAAUAAGGGCUUUUUUAUGACAGUACUGUGGAAUUGUUUGUAUUAUGAGGGGUUCCAUAGAAACUUGCCCAAGGGAAGUUAGUGGUGUAUUCACCCCAGUAACAAAAGAAUUGAAACAUUCAUCUGUCAGGUCACCAACUGAUGGAUGCCUUUCUUGCAGAAUUCUAGAGUCAGUUGAGAAAACCAAUCGUGAAAAUCUUGCUGCAUUUCAGUGCCCUGAUGAAAUCAGCAUAUUUUGACUUGCACACAUCCUACUGGACCACCAAACAUUGACUGCCUUCAUAAAACUAACUCCACACAAUAUAGUUGCAUUUCAGCAUGCAUCUUGUUUUGGAAUUCAUAAAUAUGGAAGUCACACAAAUAGGGAUAUCUAGUAAUUGAGGAAGAUGGUAACCUUUACCAACUGGAAUAUAUUUUGACCUUUGAAUUUCUUCACAUGGGACACUGUGCAUAUUUCCAAUUCAAUCUGAAACUUUUUCAGUUCUGGAUAAUACAGAUGAAUCAGAUUUUAUCAUCAGCCACACAGUAAAUGGACUGAACCUUCAUCUUCAGGACUUCUGUUGAGAACCUCUCUUGUACAAACCACAUAGCUCUUUGAACAUGUUAAAAAUUCAAAUGUUCUGCAAGCAUGAUUGUAUUUGAUUCUGUAUAAUUGAAUGGUAAUAAAAACGCCAGUUCCUGAGAUUA